AUGGUACCUGUAGAAUAUAUAACUCAGCUACAGCAAGCACCUGGUGGUCCAAUCACAGAAAAUGGCAAUCUUAGCUCAGAGCCAAGUGUCCAUAUCCCUUCCACUAUAUCCCUAACAAGAUUGCCAAUAAUGACAACAGACUCAAGGUCUAAAAAGCCAUGCAAUUGCACCAAGUCCCAGUGCCUCAAGCUGUACUGUGAUUGCUUUGCCAAUGGAGAAUUUUGCAGUAAUUGCAACUGCACUAAUUGCUUUAACAACUUUGAGCAUGAAGCAGAAAGGUUCAAAGCUAUUAAGGCUUGUUUAGAUCGGAACCCAGAAGCCUUCAGGCCAAAAAUAGGAAAAGGGAUGCUAGGAGAAAUCAAGUUGCGGCACAACAAGGGCUGUAACUGUAAACGCUCAGGAUGUCUGAAAAAUUAUUGUGAAUGUUAUGAGGCAAAAAUAAUGUGCUCCUCUAUUUGCAAGUGUAUUGGAUGCAGAAAUUAUGAAGAGAGUCCUGAGAGGAGAACGCUGAUGAGUAUUCCUGAUCACAGUGACAUAAGCAUUUAUCAGCCUAGAACAAAACUGUUCCCUGAAAUAUUCAACUACAGAAAGCAAGUGAAAAUGAAUACAGAAAGGCGCCCUUUUACUUUUGUCACUUGGGAUGUUAUUGAUGCAACCUGUGGCUGCCUCUUAGCCCAGGCAGAAGAGGCAGAGAAAGCUUAUCAUUCCCUCUCAGUCGCAGAACAUAUGAUCCUGGAAGAAUUUGGCCGUUGCUUGGCACAAAUUCUACAUUUAGCAUGGAAAUCAAAAGAAAGGCAAUGCUUGUGA